AUUUUUCCCCUUUUAGUCGAUUAAUCCUUUAUCAUAAUAGUCCCCUCUCUAAACGUUUCGGCAAUACAGCACCAUUUGAAACCCUAACCAUAAUUCUUUUUCAAUGGCGAUCGCUUCUCCCUCUGUUCCAACCUUCUUUGCCUCCUUCUGCUGCACCGGGGCCGAGUGCACUCGCUUCUUCCUCCGAUCGCCAUCCCUCGUCGGCAAUCGAUCCCACCGGACACGUCGGUGUCGGCUCACUAUCUCAUCGGGUCUCAACUCAUCGAAGCCGUCCGACGCCGGAGGGCAUGUGUCCCCAAACAACGGGGAUUUCCAGUACGAGCUCCAGCAUGGGUUCUCGGCGCAGCGGAGUAAGGGGUCGCCGGUGUUUGUGACACUGCCGGUGGACGUCGUGAGCUCUUCGGGGGAGGUGCGGCGGUGGAAGACGAUGGUGCAGUCGUUCCGGGCAAUCGCAGCGGCGGGGGUUGAGGGGGUGGUUAUGGAAGUUUGGUGGGGGCUGGUGGAGAGAGAGGAGCCUAGGGUUUAUAAUUGGCAGGGGUAUAUGGAGAUUGUUGCAUUGGCUCGAAGGUGUGGGUUGAAGGUUCGAGUUGUGAUGGCGUUUCAUCAAUGUGGCACUGGACCUGGUGAUCCUUCCUGGAUCCCUCUUCCUCAAUGGGUGCUUGAAGAGAUGGAUAGAGAUCCAGAUUUAGCAUUUUCUGACAGGUUUGGAACAAGGAAUAUGGAGUACAUUUCCUUAGGAUGUGAUAUUCUUCCUGUUCUGCGGGGGCGAUCUCCAAUCCAAACAUAUGUAGAUUUUAUGAGGAACUUCAGAGACACUUUCAAACCUUUUCUUGGUCUUACCAUAACAGUGAUUCAAGUUGGGAUGGGUCCUGCCGGUGAAUUAAGAUAUCCUUCAUGCCCUUCUCAUAAGCUAACAUGGGCUUGGAGGUCUUAUGAACUUGGAGAGUUCCAGUGCUAUGAUAAGUACAUGCUUGCAUCCCUGAAUGCUUGUGCUAGGGAGAUUGGAAUGCAUGAGUGGGGAAAUGGGGGUCCUAUUGGCACUGGGAACUUGAUGCACAAUCCCGAACAUACUGAAUUUUUCAGAAGUAACGGGUCUUGGAAUACACCAUAUGGUAAGUUUUUCCUUGAAUGGUACUCAAGAAUGCUACUUCUGCAUGGAGAGAGGAUAUGCAAGGAAGCAGAGACCAUUUUCCGUGGUAUUGAAGUUCGCACAUCAGCGAAAGUGGCUGGAAUCCACUGGCAUUAUGGUACACAAUCUCAUCCAUCCGAGUUAACAGCUGGCUAUUAUAACACAUCGAUCAGAGAUGGAUACCUCCCAAUUGUUCGCAUGUUCUGUAAGUAUGGAUUUACCUUGUGUUCCACAUGCUUUGAAAUGCAAGACGCAGACGAGAAACAGAGGAACCCAGUCAGUAGUCCAGAAGGUUUUCUUAGACAACUUCUAUUGACCGCUAGGAUUUGUGGUAUACCUCUGGAAGGGGAAAAUUCUGGAGCUAGGUUGGAUGACAAAUCAUUUCAACAGGUGCUAAAGAUGUCGAGUUUCUACUCAGACGGUCUGGAAAAACCAUCCUUUUCAUUCAACUUUGUGAGGAUGGACAAGAACUUUUUUGAAUACGAUAAUUGGGUCCGCUUUACUCGCUUUGUUAGACAAAUGUCUGGUGGCCACAAUUUUCGAGCCAAGCUAGAUUUUGGAAGAGUGUCCAGUAUGAAAGUUGGAGCAGCUUGUGCAUAUUAAGGAGUUUUUACUUCCUGAUUCAUACCCACCAUGCUCAUUUUGCAUUUUUCCCACUAUCAUUUACAGUAUUUACCCAAUACAUGACUUGGUGAUGCAUCUAAUGUACUAUGUGUGGCAAUGCUUCAUUUUUUUGUGAUUUGUUUGUUUUUUCCGUGUCUGGAAACACCAAUCCAGUGUACUACGGAUAGAACAUUGCCUUCCUGAUAUUUUAAAAAUGGUUGGCUCUUUAUAUACUUCUAUAUACAUCUUCCCAUUUAACAAUGAAAUACAUUUUCCCUCUA